AUGAGAACAGGACAGAAACCACCCUUCCAAAAUAUGGAUUCUCUCGCCAGUGCUCAAGACAAGACACAUUAUACCACUAAAGAGCUGCUCGGAGGCCGCCUACAGGUGCAAUCCCGGCACUGCGGCCCGGGCGGCGGGCCGGGGAGGGCGUCCAAGCCCACCAGCGUCUCCGCCGGCCCUUCUCAAAGCCUGAACAGGGGCCCCGGCGUGCCCGCCACCUUCUACCCCCGGUUUUCCCGCGCCUCUGCCCCGGCGCGGUUUGGAAAGGAAGCUGAGAGCCCUCCCAGGCUCCGCAGACUCGAAUUUGGGAGGGGGGGUGGGGCGCGGCCGAGGCUUCCCCUCGAAUCUGCGGCAAGCCUGGCUCCAGGAAAGUUUUUCAAAGUUCCCAGCAGCGUCUGCCCAGGUCGCCUCCGCGGGGCGAGCAGACGGCGGCAAGCGCGCCAGCCUCGCCGCCGCCUCUGCCGCCAGCAGAGCGCUCUGGGCGGCUCGCUCGCGGGAAGCGGGCCGAACUCCCAGCGGGCAGGCAGGCCCUCCUCCGGGGCGAAAGCCGCAGCUGACGCAGGCGGCUCGGAAGGCGGAAGCUGCCCCGCUCGGACCGCUCAGCCAGCGCCUCGGCGCCUACACCUGGGGCCCCGACGCGCGGGCAAAGGCGCCGGGCCCUGGACGCCCGAGGGGGCGGUCCCCGCUGGGGGCCUCCAGGAGUCCCUGACUAACGAUCCCUUCCCUCCUGGACCAAAGCUGCCGAGGGCGGGGGUCGGUGCGGGGCCCCUGUACGGCUACACCGCCCAGAGCGUCCCCAAGCCCCCGAACCCUACCAAGUUCCUCCCCACACUACCCCCUCCCCAGCAACGUGAAGGGAAGGGGCGUGUCCUAGGUGAGCACGCCCUCUCAUGAAUAUUAAUAAACGCGCAUGCGCCUUACAGGGAGUGCUGGGUAGAGGUGGCCAGCCGCGGCCGCGGCUGCCAGACGGGCUCUCCGGGUCCCUCUCCGGGCGGGCACGCGUCAUUGUGUUACCUGCGGUCGGCCCGCGAGCUAGGCUGGGUUUUUUUUUUUUCUUCCCUGCCUCCCCCGCCUUUCCAUGCAGCUGAUCUGAAAGGG